UAUGUAGGUAUUCUUGUAUUUCUCUUCAUACCCAUCAUGGAUUUCUCUUCAAAUCUCGUUGCAAUUAUAGGGGUUGUAGCUCUAGUGCUGCUAUGUAAUCUAUGGAGGGGAAGAAAUUCCAAGAAAAUGAAGGGCAAGUUAGUCCCGGAAGCACCAGGUGGCUUGCCAAUUAUCGGCCACCUCCAUCAGCUUGGCGGCAAGAAAUCACUUGCUAGAACCUUGGGCGAGAUGGCUGAUAAAUAUGGCUCCAUCUUUGCCCUGAGGCUUGGAGUUCACCGCACAGUCAUAAUUACCGAUCAAAAUGCGAUGAAGGAUUGUUUCACCACCAAUGACAAGCUUUUCUCCUCUCGCCCACAUUCAAGUCAAGCUAAGUACGUCGGUUACGACUACGCUUCCUUUGGUUUCGCCCCUUACGGUACCUAUUGGCGCAACAUGCGUAAGUUGGCUACCAUUGAGCUCCUCUCCAACCACAGGACUAAGAUACUGAAUUAUGUGCAGAUAUCAGAGGUGAAUCACUUGGUCAAAGAUUUAUACUUGCAUUGCAAGAGCAACAAGAAUGCUAAGAUCAACAUGAGUGAACGGAUCGAACAUUUGAUCUUGAAUAUGAUUACGAGAAUGGUUGCAGGGAAGAGGUACUUCGAUGGCAAUAAAGAAGCGAGGGACGAGAAGGGACGUCCAAUUGGGGAAAUUGUCAGGGAGUUCAUGUUCGUAACAGGGGCUCUUGUUCCUGGAGAUCUAAUUCCACUCCUGGGAUGGUUAGAUAUUAAAGGAAUUGUGAAAACCAUGAAGCGUGUGACCAGUGAAGUUGAUGUAAUCAUUGACAGUUGGAUUGAAGAACACAAGAUGAAGAAGACAGAUAAUGAUUCCAAAAAGGACUUCAUCGAUGUUAUGCUUUCAGUUGUCGAGGACGAUGCCUCAAUGGGCCUUAAGCGUGAAACCAUUAUCAAGGCUACAACAACGGCCAUUAUCCUUGCAGGAUCUGAUACUACAGCAAUCACUACGAUAUGGGCCUUGUCAAGCUUGGUGAACAAUAGGCGUGCGUUGAAGCGUGCCCAAGAAGAGAUUGACCAGAAAGUUGGGAGGGAUCGAUGUGUACAAGUCUCUGACGUUGAGAAAUUGGAGUACCUGACGGCUAUCAUCAAAGAAACCUUGCGCUUAUACCCUCCAGGUCCACUGGGAGUUCCACGCGAGGCAGCUGAAGAUUGUUUCAUAUCAGGAUACUUUAUCCCAAAAGGAACUCGUUUGUUUACACAUUUGUGGAAGUUACAUAGAGACCCAAAUGUGUGGUCGGAUCCUGAGGAAUUCAUUCCAGAAAGAUUUCUCACAAUCAAUGCAAAUUUGGAUGUUACCGGUCAGAAUUUCGAGUAUUUACCUUUUAGCGCAGGAAGACGAUCUUGUCCUGGAUUGAACUUGGCAAUGCAGGUGCUGCACUUGAGUCUUGCGAGGUUGAUUCAGGCGUUCGAUUUGAAAACUCCAUCAAAUGAGCCAGUGGACAUGACUGAGGCGCAAGGAAUUGUGAUGCCAAGGGAAACUCCCCUUGAAAUUGUUGCCGUCCCACGCCUUGCUCCUGAAUUUUAUGAGCGAGAGUAGAUUGCAUUAAUAUUGGUUUUGGUGAAAUAAAGAGAGAAUAUGUCUUUAUUUAAUAUAGAAUGAACCAUUAUCUUCUUGUAACUUGUAGCAAUCAUGCAUAAUGUUAACCUUUAGAAUAAAUAUCUAAUGUUUAUUUCA